CAUUGAAAACAAACCUCUCUCCUCUCAGACGCCCAACAAGAACCUCCAGCUAUCUCUCUUGCAAAAUCUCCCUCUUGAUGUCGAAGCAAAAGCCUAUCCUCCCGCAAUUGCAGUGGGUAAAUUUCUCUGUCAUCUGCAUACCAAAUUUGGGUAUCGGAUUUCACUUUUUAGGGUUUCUAUUAGAUUGGAGAUUAACAUGCAUCGCUUCAGAUAUGGAGAACCUGAUCUCGCUGCCUCUCUUCUCUAUGCUCUUUUACUUCGAAAACCUAGACCAGAUCACCCCACCAUGAAACCCAAAAUGAAAACCUUCACCACGGUUCUCUGUCUUCCUCGUCGCCUUCUAUACCAUUCUCUCACUCCCCUUCCUGUCACCACGAACCCUUAUCUAAAACCAUAUACCCAAACGCCACUUUGUCAUCUUAUUCUUGCUGCUCUGAAAAGGAGUUUGGCUUUUGAUACAGUUGGUUUAUUGUGUGUGCAUUUAUUCGCUUGCUAUCUUUCGACUUCCACCGGACCUGUGGCUGGGACUCUGUAUCUGUCGACGGCAAGAAUCGGUUUUUGUAGCGACCGACCGUUGACUUUUACUGCUCCGUCUGGACAAUCAACUUGGAGCUACUACAAGGUGAUGAUACCUAUGAUGAAUGUAGGGACAAUGAAUCCUGUGGUGAUUACAGAGAUCCCGACGCUGGAGAAGUACCUUCAGAUUGUCACCACCGAUGGACAUGAUUUCUGGUUUAUGGGGUUUGUUAACUUUGAGAAAGCUUCGCAUCAUGUACUAGACAGUGUGUCGAAUUUCAGAGCAGUUGGGACCAAUGAAGUGCAACCUGUUCUUGCUUAGAAGAUGAGGUUUCAUUUUGAAUCGUCCUAUCUUGGUUUCAAGAACAACCAAAACCACUCAUCAUAGAAAUUCAAGAACUGAUGCAUCUAUUUAAAAGCAGCACGUGUGCACCAGGAAGCAGCAGCAAAGUGCAGCCAAACCGCAAAAAAUGUAGACAAGAGAGGCAGGGGAUCAGCAAGUAGUGAAGAAGAACGAAUUAAGGAGAAGCCACAAGUUGAUUGCCUCAUAGAAAAAGUUGAUUGUCUCAUAGAAAUGAUAGAGUACUGGUUCACAUGAAUUAACCAGUUAGUAGGUUCAUUUGGCAUAUUUCACUUUUUAAAGCUCAUCUAACCACAUUAUUGUUAUUAUAGUAUUUUUUUACUUUUGUUCAUUAAUUGGUCUUGAUCUUGCAGGUGUGAAAAGAUUUACUUGUCUUUGCUACUGAUUUUGGCUUGGAAAUCACUUGCUAUAAGGGUAUUAUAUAUAAAAGGUACUACACUGGACAUGACCUUUUUCUUGAAUAAACUAUGAGGACAUUAAAUUCUCAGUUGAAUUCUCAACAUGUUUAGUGCCUCUGACUAUCUAUCUCGUGUGACUUCUCAAUGCAUGGGGUAUGAUCACAAAUGCUUUGAGUCACAUUUGAUGACCUAUGAAACAUGAAGUACUUUUCUCUUCCUCUCUCAGUCAAGCUUGGGGAGCAGCUUAAGUUUCUUCCUAAUCAAAUGAAAGGUAAAGUAUUUUAUCUAUACAAUUACAACCAUGUGAUAAUCCUCAUCUUUUGUCUAUUUUGCUGGCAAGUUGACAUAUAUAUGUUUGUUAGGUAUGUUCUUGUUUUCAGUUUUUUUCUUCUUUUUGUCUUUUUUCGUUUCACUAUUAUUGAUUCUCUUUAUCAUGGCUGAAUUUUGCUUCCAUUCUAACGACAAGGUUCUCUAUAUUUGAUUUAUGCUUUCAGAUAUGUCCUCUAUAUUUGUGUAAAGGUGAGUUUGUUGUUUUGGCUAAUUGGUUGUUUUAUUAAGAAUAAAUUUUGAACCGAAAGCAAACUAUAAUUUUUGUGCAGUUGAUCAUCGCUCCCAUCUUAUAUUGUAUAUUCUCUUGUAAAAAAACACAGAACUCCUCUAUAUACCAUGGUGCCAAACUAUUAUUUGGAAGACACUAUGGUUACCACAAACUUUAGACUGGGAGUUCUUUUGGAUUUAGUUUGGCUUUCAGUCGGUGCUCUAUUUUGGCUUUGCUUAUGUGUUUGGAUUGCUGGUGCAUUAUGUCAAACAUCCUACAUAACAGCGGCUAGAUUGCAAAUUUUAUUCAUGGAAGGCCAGAUAUCCUAAUAAAGCCUCACCCCUGCAGUUGGUAAAUUAUUUGCUUCAGAUAUCCCAAUAAAGCCUCUUACUGCAGUUGGUAAUUUUUGUUUAUCCGAUGGGUUCAGCAAUUUCUAACUAACGUUUGGUUUACUAGCUAGAUAAGUACCUAAUAGUUUGAAACUUUAUAUGAGCAGGUGGAGGGGGUGAAUGGUUUGGUUUCAGAACUUCUUGUUGUAGCAGCGCAGAAGAAAGCCAUGCUUGAUGAAUGUGAAGCACUGCUGGCUUCAGCAGCAGCUAUGCAUUGUUUCAAAUUUUGUUUGGUCUUUUGCUUACUAGAAUUUAGGGACAGGGGUUUAAUUGAUUGAUGUAAUGAAUUCUGCUAAUACAUUUCCAACUUUUACUUUGUAAAUGAGAUUCAUUAUAGUGA